CUCUCCCCGCCUGGGGCCGCCGCGGCACCAGGGGUGGGUCGGCAUCUCCAAAAGGGGCCCUUCGACUCCACGCUGGGCCAGUCCGGCGCCGGGUCGUGGAGCCCCGCGCAGCUCCCACUGGUCUCUGAAGGGAUCCCUCCUCCCAGAGUUUCGCGCAACUUUCCCCUCUCCCUGGCGCGGCGGCGGCGGCGGCGGCUCGGGGACCGUGGCCGCCGCAGGUAGCUGAACCCCGGGCCACGCUCUCCGCGCCUCGGCUGCGCGCGCGCGUCGGUCGCUCCGGGUCUCCGUGCACGCUGGGGAUCCCCGGGCUCGGCUCUGAGGGCGAGAUGCCUCUGGGACACAUCAUGAGGCUGGAUCUGGAGAAAAUCGCCCUGGAGUACAUCGUGCCCUGUCUGCACGAGGUGGGCUUCUGCUACCUGGACAACUUCCUCGGCGAGGUGGUGGGCGACUGCGUCCUGGAACGCGUCAAGCAGCUGCACUGCAACGGGGCCCUGCGGGACGGCCAGUUGGCGGGGCCGCGCGCCGGCGUCUCCAAGCGGCACCUGCGGGGCGAUCAGAUCACGUGGAUCGGGGGCAACGAGGAGGGCUGCGAGGCCAUCAGCUUCCUCCUGUCCCUCAUCGACAGGCUUGUCCUGUACUGCGGGAGCCGGCUGGGCAAAUACUACGUCAAGGAAAGGUCCAAGGCAAUGGUGGCUUGCUACCCAGGAAAUGGGACGGGUUAUGUUCGACAUGUGGACAACCCCAACGGCGAUGGCCGCUGCAUCACCUGCAUCUACUAUCUGAACAAGAAUUGGGACGCCAAGCUACACGGUGGGGUCCUGCGGAUAUUUCCAGAAGGGAAAUCAUUCAUAGCAGAUGUGGAGCCCAUUUUUGACAGACUCUUGUUCUUCUGGUCAGACCGCCGGAACCCACAUGAAGUCCAGCCUUCCUAUGCGACCAGAUACGCUAUGACCGUUUGGUACUUUGAUGCUGAAGAAAGGGCAGAAGCCAAAAAGAAAUUCAGGAAUUUAACGAGGAAAACUGAAUCUGCCCUCACUGAAGACUGACUGUGCUCUGAAAUCUGCUGGCCUCGUUCAUUUUAGUAAUGGUUCCUGAGGUCUCUCUAAGAGUUGAAAUCCAAAGAAGGCCUCUUCCAUGACUCGGUGACAAGAAGCCCCCCUCCUGCUUGCAUCCCUCACAUCCCUGUCUUACGUAUGGUACUUUUGUGUUUUCUUGCCAAAACUGCGUCCACCUUCAGACACUCUCUUUGCCAGAUGAACUCAUUUGCUAACUCCAGAAAUACCUGCAGACGACCUAGCUGGCCAGCGGUUGAACCGAUAUAUUUGGUAAUACUGGCUAUCAACACAAGAUCCUGGAAGCAUGGGCAAGGGAAUGAAUCUUACUUGCACUUUAUGUACACUUCCUGGUUUGAAAGGAGGAGGUUUGCAAAGAAAAACAAAAUGGCGACAGAUGCCACCGAGAGGCAUCCGUGAAGCCUUCACCGCAGGAGACAGAAAUUGGUGUCAUCUGAACAGUUUCCAGAUGUUCUCAAUCCCGGGCUUUUGGGGUUUCUGGAGAAUUACCACAACCUAGUGACAUUAUUACCUCUAGAAAGGGCUAGAGGUAAUGUCCUAGUUCUCAAUUUAGAAGUAUCCUGUGGGUGGACACCCUCUUUUUCCUGGUCCUGCAACCUGGACUUGCUGCCUCUGCCCCAUUUUGCUGAAAGUAGGGCUUUCUGGUCACAGAUGAUCUAUCAUCUAUCUUUUAUUUUCACUUCUUACUUGGAGAACCUAAUUCCCCAGAGGCAAAAACUAGACCUUAAUUGUUUGGGUUACUUUGUUGAAAUGGAAUUUGAAUUUCAAUUGAAGGGGAAAAGAACCCACCUGGCAGGUAGCUUCAGCAGCAACAACCUCUGGUAACUGGUAUUGAGAGACGUGGGUCUACCAAUACACGAUAAACCUGUGUGCAUCUUGGUCCGUCGGAGAAUGGCAGUGGGGUUGGAAAUGUAGGCAUUCCCGUGUUUCAGUUUUCCUUUUCAAUGCGCUCACCCUUCUUGUUUAACAGAAUGAGACAGUAACAAAAAAUGGGGUGUUGUAUUUUAAAAAGGAAAUGGAAAGUAAAAAUCCCAGAAGGCUAUUUGAGUUUGUCCACGUUUUCUGUCCCUAGUAGUCUUUCUUCAACAGAACUGAAGCACAGGUUCCACUGCCUCAAGAAUUCUGAAUUGUGCACCUAUUCUAUGAAAGUUUAGUCUUCCUAGUUUUCAAUUCCAUUUUCGUUUUUUAAAUCCCCUUAGUGUCUUGCAUACAAAUUCCAUGAACAUGAAAGAGCCAGAAAUAUAUUCUUCUUUUGUCAUUUAUAGGUAUAUACACUUUCCAAGAAAGAAGCUUAUUUUUUUUUUUUUCCAUUUCUGGUUUUGGAAAAUUCCCAGAUAAGACUUGUCUUCAUUCUCACAACUGCUCUAUUUUUUUUCAUAGUGCUUAUCACCUUCUAACUUCCCAUGUAAUUUACUUAUUUAUUAUGUUUGUUGUCUCGUAUCCUUUCUCUAGAGUGUAAGCACAAUGAAGACAGGGAUUUUUGUAUGUUUUUAAUCAACGGAAUGUAUUCCCAGCACCUAAAAUAGUGCCUGGCACACUAAGGGCUCAGUAAAUACUUUGUUGAAUAAACUUCCUCUCCUACCUUA